AUGCAUAAUUUGGGGAUUUGGGGUCACAUAUCUCUCUCUCUCUCUCUCUAACAUUUUAAUUUUAUUUUUCUUGAAAAGUUAAACUCUCUCUAUCUCUCUCUCUCUCUCUGAUUUAUCCAUUUUGGAUUCAUCGACAACCGUCAUAUCCGUGCAAUUGGAAGCUCCUUUUGUCUAUUUACCUUUGCAAUUGAUCUUUCAAUCGUCUUCUUCCUCUGCUCACAAGAGCACUGAACAUGAUCAAAACAUUAUGGCUCUUCCAGGUACUCUUAAAGCAUGCAAACUUGCAUUUUAUGGUCGAUAAAGUUGCAAAACUUUUCCUGCUUUUCCUGUUCAAUGUUGAACUAAGAAUAUUUAUUGGGAUCGCUCGUGGUAAUAUUGUUGAUGGACUCGGUGCAAAGGAUUCUAAUAUUUUUCGAUAAAAAAAAUAUUGUUGAUGGACUUGGUGCAUUAUGGCUGGAAUGUUGGAUAACUUUUACAAAUAUUAGAAAGUCUGAUUGCUAAAGGAAGGCGAGCUUUCAUUUGGCCUUCUGGAGCAUUUCAGGCCUGAGAGGGGUUAUACUUCUAUUGGAGAGGUGCUUUGUUUUUUCCAUCUUUCUUGGUGUUUUAAAAUCAUUGAAAAUGUCAGAAGUUGAUAUGGCAGUUAUUAAACCGGAGAUGAUGAAGUCCUAUAUCUGGCUUCAGACUGUUGAUGGUUCAAUCCAACAAGUGGAGCAAGAGGUUGCCAUGUUUUGCCCUAUGAUAUGUCAUGAAAUAAUACAAAAAGGCAUGGGAUCAUCCAAGAACUAUGCAAUAUCUCUGCCACCACGAGUUAAUCCUUCUAUGUUGAGCUUAAUUCUGGAUUACUGCAGGUUUCAUCAAGUACCAGGUCACUCUAACAAGGAACGCAAGUCUUUUGAUGAAAAGUUCAUUAGGAUGGACACAAAGAGGCUCUGUGAGUUGACAUCUGCUGCUGACAGCCUCCAGUUAAAGCCUUUGGUUGAUCUUACCAGUCGUGCCCUUGCACGAAUUAUAGAAGGAAAAACCCCUGAGGAGAUCCGUGAGAUAUUUCAUUUGCCUGAUGAUCUUACAGAGGAAGAGAAACUGGAGCCUUUAAAAAACUCUACAGACGAUCCUCGCAUUCGACUUUUAAAUCGACUGUAUGCAAGAAAGAGGAAAGAACUAAAACAAAGAGAGAAAUUAAAGAAUGUUGAGACUGAAGAAGAUCGUGCCGAUGAGCGUUCAGUUGAAGAUCUCCUGUCAUAUAUUAACGGAGGACACAGAGAUUCCAAGGGGGAUAAAACUUCCAAGGGCAAAAAGAAGAACCGGAGAAGAAAAGAUCAACAGAAAAAUGCUUCUGUAGAAGAAUUCAUUGAAACCCAUGAAAAGGAUUCAGAUGGUCUUAAUUUUGAAUGCCAUGGUGCUGAAGUUGACAAGCUGCAGCCCAAUCCUGGUGGGACAUCAAAAUUGCCAGGUGCCGAAGAUGACACUUUUCCUCAUAAGGUUGAGUUUGAUGAUGGCGAUAUCGAUGAUGAGAUUGACCCUGCACUAAAGGAGAAAAUUGAUAGGGAAGUGGAAGAUUUUGCCCGGAGAUUGAAUUCAGACUGGCCUGAAAGGAUGCAAGAAAUUCUUUCAUUAGGCCAAGAAAGAAGACCGGUAAACGGAAACGGAUCCUCAAGGAAAUAUGCUAGACCAGAUUCGGAGUGGAAAUGAUCCUAAAAAAGAAUGGAUGCGCUCUCGGAUCGGCCAAUGGCUGGCUGCAACAGUUUUGACCAGAUGGAUGCUUACCAGACGCUAAUAGAGUUGCUAUUGUCACCAAAUGUGGAUUGACAUGCGAGCUUUAUUUUUUAUUCUUUGGUUUAAUUUUUUUUUUUUUAAUUUCUUUGUUUUCUUUUUGCUUUGGUUGUGCUAAUCCCGGACGCAAUUUUGAUUCUGGGUGCAACCUGUAUUCUGUGGGGGCAAGAAAUAACCAAGAAGAAAAAAAAAGAAAAGAAAAAAAAAAUGCUUUUUCCGAGCUAAUGUUAAUUGUCACAAGUUUGUUCGAGGUUGCAUUUGGUGGUAUGUCCAUGCCACUGGAAUCUGUGUACUUUUAAGGGACUCAAAGUUCUCAUUUUGUAUAUGAUUACUGAAAUAAAUGAAUUUUGUACUUUAUGUUCAAA